GGCUGGGGGUACACCCAGGCUUAGAUCUCGGUGGGCGGACGCCACGGCUUUAAGUAGGGGCGGGACUGAGCGCGGAGCAGCAGCGGCGUCGGCAGCGAGAGUUCUCAGGUCCUCCGGGUCGGAUACGAGAGGCCAGCUUGCAGAUCCCGGUUGGGUGAACCCAUGGACUUGGUACUUUAAUCUUGAGAAAGAAACAAACUCAGAAGAAAGAUGGCGUUUGUUGCAACCCAGGGGGCCACGGUGGUUGACCAAACCACUCUGAUGAAGAAAUACCUUCAGUUUGUGGCAGCUCUCACAGAUGUAAAUACACCUGAUGAAACGAAGUUGAAAAUGAUGCAGGAAGUUAGUGAAAACUUUGAGAAUGUCACAUCAUCUCCUCAGUAUUCUACAUUCCUGGAACAUAUCAUCCCUCGAUUUCUUACAUUUCUUCAAGAUGGAGAAGUCCAGUUUCUUCAGGAGAAGCCAGCCCAGCAACUUCGGAAGUUAGUACUUGAAAUACUUCACAGGAUACCGACCAAUGAGCAUCUUCGUCCUCAUACGAAAAAUGUUCUGUCCGUGAUGUUUCGAUUUUUAGAGACUGAAAAUGAAGAAAAUGUUCUUAUUUGUCUAAGAAUAAUUAUUGAACUGCACAAACAGUUCAGGCCACCAAUCACGCAAGAAAUUCAUCACUUUUUGGAUUUUGUGAAGCAGAUUUACAAGGAGCUUCCAAAAGUAGUGAACCGCUACUUUGAGAAUCCUCAGGGGAUCCCUGAAAACACAGUGCCUCCUCCAGAAAUGGUUGGUAUGAUCACCACAAUUGCUGUGAAGGUCAACCCUGAACGGGAAGACAGCGAGACCCGUACGCAUUCCAUCAUCCCACGAGGGUCACUUUCACUGAAAGUCCUGGCUGAGCUGCCCAUCAUUGUUGUACUAAUGUACCAGCUGUACAAACUGAACAUCCACAAUGUCGUUGCUGAGUUUGUGCCCUUGAUCAUGAAUACUAUUGCGAUCCAGGUCUCUGCACAAGCCAGGCAACAUAAGCUUUACAACAAGGAGCUGUAUGCUGACUUCAUUGCUGCUCAGAUCAAAACAUUGUCAUUUUUAGCCUAUAUCAUCAGAAUUUACCAAGAGCUAGUGACCAAGUACUCUCAGCAGAUGGUGAAAGGCAUGCUACAGUUGCUUUCCAAUUGCCCAGCGGAGACUGCACACCUCAGGAAGGAGCUCCUCAUUGCUGCCAAGCACAUCCUCACCACGGAGCUGAGAAACCAGUUCAUCCCCUGCAUGGACAAGCUGUUUGAUGAAUCUAUCCUGAUUGGCUCUGGAUACACGGCACGGGAGACGCUUAGACCCCUCGCCUACAGCACACUUGCUGACCUUGUGCAUCACGUCCGCCAGCACCUGCCCCUCAGUGACCUCUCCCUGGCCGUACAGCUCUUCGCCAAGAACAUCGAUGAUGAGUCCCUGCCCAGCAGCAUCCAAACCAUGUCCUGCAAACUCCUGCUGAACCUGGUGGACUGCAUCCGCUCCAAGAGUGAGCAGGAGAGCGGCAAUGGCAGAGAUGUCUUGAUGCGGAUGCUGGAGGUUUUUGUCCUCAAGUUCCACACCAUUGCUCGCUACCAGCUCUCAGCUAUUUUUAAAAAGGAGGAUAAGCAGACAUUCCAGGUUACAGAUUGCCGGAGUUUGGUGAAAACCUUGGUCUGCGGUGUCAAGACCAUCACAUGGGGCAUAACUUCGUGUAAAGCACCUGGUGAAGCUCAGUUUAUUCCUAACAAGCAGUUACAACCCAAAGAAACUCAGAUUUACAUCAAACUCGUGAAGUACGCAAUGCAGGCCUUGGAUAUCUAUCAGGUCCAGAUCGCAGGAAAUGGACAGACAUACAUCCGAGUAGCCAACUGCCAGACUGUGAGGAUGAAGGAAGAAAAGGAGGUGCUGGAGCACUUUGCUGGCGUCUUCACCAUGAUGAACCCCCUGACUUUCAAAGAGAUCUUUCAGACUACUGUCCCUUACAUGGUGGAAAGGAUCUCAAAAAAUUACGCUCUUCAGAUUGUUGCCAACUCCUUUUUGGCAAAUCCUACUACCUCGGCUCUGUUUGCCACAAUCCUGGUGGAGUACCUCUUGGACCGGCUGCCAGAAAUGGGCUCCAAUGUGGAACUCUCCAACUUGUACCUCAAGCUGUUCAAGUUGGUCUUCGGUUCAGUGUCCCUGUUUGCAGCUGAAAAUGAGCAGAUGCUGAAGCCUCACCUGCACAAGAUCGUGAACAGCUCCAUGGAGCUGGCACAGACAGCCAAGGAGCCUUACAACUACUUCCUACUACUCCGUGCCCUCUUCCGAUCCAUAGGAGGUGGCAGCCAUGAUCUCCUGUAUCAGGAGUUUCUGCCUCUUCUCCCAAACCUCCUCCAAGGCCUGAACAUGUUACAGAGUGGCCUGCAUAAGCAACACAUGAAGGACCUCUUUGUGGAGCUGUGUCUCACGGUGCCAGUGCGGCUGAGCUCUCUGCUGCCCUAUCUGCCCAUGUUGAUGGAUCCCUUGGUGUCUGCCCUCAAUGGGUCUCAGACCUUGGUCAGCCAAGGCCUGAGGACCUUGGAGUUGUGUGUGGACAACCUGCAACCCGAUUUCCUCUAUGAUCACAUUCAGCCUGUGCGGGCUGAGCUCAUGCAGGCUUUGUGGCGCACACUGCGCAACCCUGCAGACAGCAUCUCCCACGUGGCCUACCGUGUGCUUGGGAAGUUUGGCGGCAGCAACAGGAAGAUGUUGAAGGAGUCCCAGAAGCUGCACUACAUUGUGACUGAGGUUCAAGGCCCCAGCAUUACUGUGGAGUUCUCGGACUGCAAAGCCUCGCUUCAGCUUCCCAUGGAGAAGGCCAUUGAGACCGCACUCGACUGCCUGAAAAGUGCCAACACAGAGCCCUACUACCGGAGGCAGGCUUGGGAGGUGAUCAGGUGCUUCCUAGUGGCCAUGAUGAGCCUGGAGGACAACAAACAUGCGCUCUACCAGCUGCUGGCACACCCCAACUUUACAGAAAAAGCAAUUCCCAAUGUUAUAAUAUCACACCGCUACAAAGCCCAAGACACUCCAGCCCGGAAGACGUUUGAACAGGCUCUGACUGGGGCAUUCAUGUCUGCAGUCAUCAAAGACCUGCGGCCCAGCGCCCUGCCCUUCGUAGCCAGCUUGAUCCGCCACUAUACCAUGGUAGCGGUGGCCCAGCAGUGUGGUCCUUUCUUGCUACCUUGCUACCAGGUGGGCAGCCAGCCCAGCACAGCCAUGUUCCACAGUGAAGAGAACGGGUCCAAAGGAAUGGAUCCCUUGGUCCUUAUUGAUGCAAUAGCUAUCUGUAUGGCUUAUGAAGAAAAGGAACUGUGCAAAAUUGGAGAGGUGGCCUUAGCUGUGAUAUUCGAUGUGGCAAGCAUCAUCCUGGGCUCAAAGGAGAGGGCAUGCCAGCUGCCCCUCUUCUCCUACAUCGUGGAACGCUUGUGCGCCUGCUGCUAUGAGCAGGCCUGGUAUGCGAAGCUGGGGGGUGUGGUGUCCAUUAAGUUUCUCAUGGAGCGGCUUCCACUCACAUGGGUUCUCCAGAACCAGCAGACAUUCCUCAAAGCUUUGCUCUUUGUUAUGAUGGACCUGACUGGAGAGGUUUCCAAUGGGGCAGUAGCCAUGGCGAAGACCACCCUGGAACAGCUCCUGAUGAGGUGUGCAACGCCUCUAAAAGAUGAGGAAAGAGCUGAAGAGAUUGUGGUGGCUCAGGAGAAAUCUUUUCACCAUGUGACCCACGAUUUGGUUCGUGAAGUCACCUCUCCAAACUCAACUGUGAGAAAGCAAGCCAUGCAUUCGCUGCAAGUCCUGGCCCAGGUCACUGGCAAAAGUGUGACGGUGAUUAUGGAACCGCAUAAAGAGGUCCUUCAGGACAUGGUCCCACCGAAGAAGCACCUGUUGCGUCACCAGCCUGCCAAUGCACAGAUCGGUCUGAUGGAGGGCAACACGUUCUGUACCACGCUGCAGCCUCGGCUCUUCACGAUGGAUCUCAACGUGGUGGAGCACAAGGUGUUCUACACAGAGCUGCUGAAUUUGUGUGAGGCAGAGGAUUCGGCUCUGACCAAACUGCCCUGUUACAAAAGCCUUCCGUCACUUGUGCCUUUACGGAUUGCAGCAUUAAAUGCCCUUGCUGCCUGCAAUUACCUACCUCAGUCCAGAGAGAAAAUCAUCGCUGCGCUCUUCAAAGCCCUCAAUUCCACCAACAGUGAGCUGCAGGAGGCCGGAGAAGCCUGCAUGAGGAAGUUUUUGGAAGGUGCCACCAUAGAAGUAGAUCAGAUUCAUACACACAUGCGGCCUUUGCUGAUGAUGCUGGGAGAUUAUCGGAGCUUGACCCUGAACGUCGUGAAUCGGCUGACCUCUGUUACUCGGCUCUUCCCCAAUUCCUUCAAUGACAAGUUUUGCGAUCAGAUGAUGCAACAUCUGCGCAAGUGGAUGGAAGUGGUGGUCAUCACCCACAAAGGGGGCCAGAGAAGUGACGGAAAUGAGAUGAAGAUUUGCUCGGCGAUUAUAAACCUUUUCCAUCUGAUCCCAGCUGCACCUCAAACACUGGUCAAGCCUUUGCUGGAGGUCGUGAUGAAGACAGAGCGCGCCAUGCUAAUUGAGGCGGGCAGUCCAUUCAGGGAGCCUCUUAUCAAGUUUCUGACACGACAUCCCUCGCAGACAGUGGAGCUCUUCAUGAUGGAAGCAACGUUGAAUGACCCCCAGUGGAGCCGAAUGUUCAUGAGUUUCUUAAAACACAAAGACGCCAGACCUCUGAGGGAUGUGUUGGCAGCAAACCCCAACAGGUUCAUCACCCUGCUGCUUCCUGGUGGAGCACAGACGGCAGUCCGCCCUGGCUCACCCAGCACCAGUAACAUGCGCCUGGACCUCCAGUUCCAGGCCAUCAAGAUCAUAAGCAUCAUAGUUAAAAACGAUGAUGCCUGGCUGGCCAAUCAGCACUCUCUGGUGAGCCAGUUGAGGCGAGUGUGGGUAAGUGAGACUUUUCAAGAAAGACACCGCAAAGAGAACAUGGCUGCCACCAACUGGAAGGAGCCCAAGCUUCUGGCCUUCUGUCUGCUGAACUAUUGCAAAAGGAACUAUGGAGACAUAGAGCUGCUGUUCCAGCUACUCCGAGCCUUCACUGGUCGCUUCCUCUGCAACAUGACCUUCUUGAAAGAAUAUAUGGAAGAGGAAAUCCCCAAAAAUUACAGCAUCGCUCAAAAGCGAGCUCUCUUUUUCCGCUUUGUAGAGUUUAAUGACCCCAACUUUGGAGAUGAACUGAAAGCAAAGGUUCUGCAGCACAUCCUGAAUCCUGCUUUCUUGUACAGCUUUGAGAAGGGGGAAGGAGAGCAGCUCUUAGGACCUCCUAAUCCAGAAGGAGACAACCCAGAGAGCAUUACCAGUGUGUUUAUAACCAAGGUCCUGGACCCUGAGAAACAAGCAGACAUGCUGGAUUCCCUGCGUAUCUACCUCCUGCAGUAUGCCACAUUGCUGGUGGAACAUGCCCCCCACCACAUCCAUGACAACAACAAGAACCGCAACAGUAAGCUGCGCCGUCUGAUGACCUUUGCGUGGCCCUGUCUGCUCUCCAAGGCCUGUGUGGAUCCCGCCUGCAAAUACAGCGGACACCUGCUGCUGGCACACAUCAUUGCCAAAUUCGCCAUACAUAAGAAAAUCGUCCUCCAGGUUUUCCACAGUCUUCUCAAGGCUCAUGCUAUGGAAGCCCGAGCGAUUGUGAGACAAGCAAUGGCAAUUUUGACCCCAGCGGUGCCAGCCCGCAUGGAGGACGGACACCAGAUGCUGACGCACUGGACCAGGAAGAUCAUCGUGGAGGAAGGCCACACGGUCCCACAGCUAGUGCACAUUCUUCACCUCAUAGUGCAGCACUUUAAAGUGUACUACCCGGUGCGGCACCACUUGGUACAGCACAUGGUCAGUGCCAUGCAGAGGCUGGGCUUCACACCCAGUGUCACCAUUGAGCAGAGGCGGCUGGCUGUGGACCUGUCUGAGGUCGUCAUCAAGUGGGAACUGCAGAGGAUCAAGGACCAGCAGCCGGAUUCUGACAUGGACCCGAACUCCAGUGGAGAGGGCAUCAACUCUGUGUCAUCCAUUAAGAGAGGACUGUCUGUAGAUUCUGCGCAGGAGGUGAAACGCUUCAGGGCAGCCACCGGGACCAUCAGUACAGUGUUCGGGAGGAGCCAGUCAUUGCCAGGAGCUGACUCUCUUCUUGCCAAGCCCAUUGACAAGCAGCACACGGACACCGUGGUGAACUUCCUCAUCCGAGUGGCUUGCCAGGUCAACGACAACACCAACACCGCAGGGUCACCUGGAGAGGUGCUCUCUCGUCGCUGUGUGAAUCUUCCUAAGACUGCUUUGCGGCCAGAUAUGUGGUGCAAGUCAGAGCUCAAGCUGCAGUGGUUUGACAAGCUGCUGAUGACUGUGGAGCAGCCGAACCAGGUGAACUAUGGCAAUAUCUGUACAGGAUUGGAAGUGCUGAACUUCUUGCUAACUGUGCUACAGUCACCAGCCAUCCUCAGUAGCUUCAAGCCGCUGCAGCGGGGCAUCGCAGCUUGCAUGACAUGUGGGAACACCAAAGUGCUGCGAGCCGUCCACAGCCUCCUCUCUCGCCUGAUGAGCAUUUUCCCUACAGAGCCAAGCACUUCGAGCGUGGCCUCCAAGUACGAAGAGCUGGAAUGCUUGUACGCAGCUGUAGGGAAGGUCAUCUACGAAGGACUCACCAACUAUGAGAAGGCCACCAACGCAAAUCCCUCCCAGCUCUUUGGGACACUCAUGAUCCUCAAGUCAGCCUGUUGCAACAACCCAAGCUACAUCGACAGGCUAAUUUCUGUCUUCAUGCGCUCCCUCCAGAAGAUGGUCCGAGAGCAUUUAAAUCCACAGGCAGCAUCCGGGAGCACUGAAGCAACUGCAGCUGGAACAAGUGAGCUGGUGAUGCUGAGCCUGGAGCUUGUGAAGACUCGGCUGGCGGUGAUGAGCAUGGAGAUGCGGAAGAACUUCAUCCAGACCAUCCUGACCUCCCUCAUCGAGAAAUCCCCAGAUGCCAAGAUCCUCCGAGCUGUGGUGAAGAUUGUGGAGGAGUGGGUUAAGAAUAAUUCCCCAAUGGCAGCCAAUCAGACUCCUACACUCCGGGAGAAGUCAAUCUUGCUCGUGAAAAUGAUGACUUACAUAGAGAAACGCUUCCCAGAAGACCUUGAACUAAAUGCCCAGUUUUUGGACCUUGUUAACUACGUCUACAGGGACGAGGCUCUUUCUGGCAGUGAGCUGACUGCAAAGCUCGAGCCCGCCUUUCUCUCUGGGCUCCGUUGUGCCCAGCCGUUGAUCAGGGCCAAGUUUUUUGAGGUUUUUGACAACUCUAUGAAACGCCGUGUCUAUGAGCGCUUGCUGUAUGUCACCUGUUCCCAGAAUUGGGAAGCCAUGGGAAGCCAUUUCUGGAUCAAGCAGUGUAUUGAGCUCCUCCUGGCCGUGUGUGAGAAGAGCACGGCCAUCGGCACCAGCUGCCAGGGAGCUAUGCUCCCAUCCAUUACCAAUGUCAUCAACCUGGCUGAUAGCCACGACCGAGCCGCCUUUGCCAUGGUCACACACGUCAAACAGGAGCCUCGGGAGCGAGAGAAUAGUGAGUCUAAAGAAGAGGACGUAGAGAUAGAUAUUGAGCUGGCUCCUGGUGACCAGACCAGCACACCCAAAACCAAAGAGCUUUCUGAGAAGGACAUCGGGAACCAGCUGCACAUGCUCACCAACAGACAUGACAAAUUCCUUGAUACUCUCCGGGAAGUGAAGACUGGAGCACUGCUCAGUGCCUUCGUCCAGCUGUGCCACAUUUCUACAACGCUGGCCGAGAAGACCUGGGUCCAGCUCUUCCCAAGGCUGUGGAAAAUCCUCUCUGACAGACAGCAGCAUGCUCUGGCAGGGGAGAUCAGCCCGUUCCUGUGCAGUGGCAGUCACCAGGUGCAGCGUGACUGUCAGCCAAGUGCAUUAAACUGCUUUGUGGAAGCCAUGUCCCAGUGUGUCCCCCCAAUCCCCAUGCGACCCUGCGUACUGAAAUAUCUGGGGAAGACUCACAACCUCUGGUUCCGCUCAACGUUGAUGCUGGAGCACCAGGCCUUUGAGAAGGGGCUGAGUCUGCCGAUCAAACCAAAGCAAACAACCGAGUUUUAUGAGCAAGAGAGCAUAACACCACCUCAGCAGGAGAUACUGGAUUCCCUCGCUGAGCUUUACUCCCUGUUACAAGAGGAAGACAUGUGGGCCGGCCUGUGGCAGAAGCGCUGCAAGUUCUCGGAGACUGCAACCGCCAUUGCUUAUGAGCAGCAUGGCUUCUUUGAGCAGGCCCAAGAAUCCUAUGAAAAGGCAAUGGACAAAGCCAAAAAAGAACAUGAGCGAAGUAAUGCCUCUCCUGCCAUUUUCCCUGAGUACCAGCUGUGGGAGGAUCACUGGAUUAGGUGCUCCAAGGAGCUGAACCAGUGGGAAGCCUUGACUGAGUUUGGCCAGUCCAAAGGCCACAUAAAUCCCUACCUCGUCCUGGAGUGUGCAUGGAGAGUCUCCAACUGGACGGCCAUGAAGGAGGCACUGGUGCAGGUGGAGGUCAGCUGUCCGAAGGAGAUGGCUUGGAAGGUUAACAUGUAUCGAGGAUACCUGGCCAUCUGCCAUCCCGAGGAGCAGCAGCUCAGCUUCAUUGAGCGCCUGGUGGAGAUGGCCAGCAGCCUGGCCAUCCGAGAGUGGCGGGGGGGGGCCCACGUGGUGUCCCAUGUGCACACACCUCUUCUGCAGGCUGCUCAGCAGAUCAUAGAGCUUCAGGAAGCUGCACAGAUAAAUGCAGGCCUGCAGCCCACCAACCUGGGCAGGAACAACAGCCUCCAUGACAUGAAGACGGUGGUGAAGACCUGGAGGAACCGGCUGCCCAUCGUGUCCGACGACUUGUCCCACUGGAGCAGCGUCUUCAUGUGGCGGCAGCACCAUUACCAGGCCAUUGUAACUGCGUAUGAAAAUAGCUCUCACCACGACCCAAGUUCCAAUAAUGCCAUGCUUGGAGUUCAUGCCUCAGCCUCAGCUAUCAUCCAGUAUGGGAAAAUUGCCCGUAAACAAGGUCUAGUUAAUGUGGCACUGGAUAUACUGAGCCGUAUUCAUACCAUCCCUACCGUUCCCAUCGUGGAUUGCUUCCAGAAGAUUCGACAGCAAGUGAAAUGCUACCUCCAGCUGGCAGGAGUGAUGGGCAAGAACGAGUGCAUGCAGGGCCUUGAAGUUAUUGAGUCCACAAACCUAAAAUACUUCACUAAGGAGAUGACAGCUGAGUUCUACGCUCUGAAGGGAAUGUUCCUGGCUCAGAUAAACAAAUCAGAGGAAGCCAACAAAGCGUUCUCAGCGGCUGUGCAGAUGCAUGAUGUUCUGGUGAAGGCCUGGGCCAUGUGGGGUGACUACCUGGAGAGCAUCUUCGUGAAGGAGCGGCAGCUGCACCUGGGUGUGUCUGCCAUCACCUGCUACCUUCACGCUUGCCGCCACCAGAAUGAGAGCAAAUCAAGGAAGUACUUGGCCAAGGUGUUGUGGCUUCUGAGUUUUGAUGAUGACAAGAACACACUGGCAGAUGCUGUGGAUAAGUACUGCAUUGGUGUGCCCCCUAUCCAGUGGCUGGCAUGGAUUCCACAGCUGCUCACCUGCCUGGUGGGCUCGGAGGGCAAGCUGCUCCUGAACCUCAUCAGCCAGGUUGGACGAGUGUAUCCCCAAGCAGUCUACUUUCCCAUCCGGACUCUAUACCUGACGCUGAAGAUCGAGCAGAGGGAGCGCUACAAGAGUGAUUCUGGACAGCAGCAGCCCAGUUCAGUGGGUAACCAGUCCCAUUCUGCAUCAGAUCCAGGGCCCAUAAGAGCAACAGCGCCCAUGUGGCGCUGCAGCCGAAUCAUGCACAUGCAGCGGGAGCUUCACCCCACCCUCCUGUCUUCCCUGGAAGGCAUCGUCGACCAGAUGGUCUGGUUUAGAGAGAACUGGCACGAGGAGGUACUCAGACAACUCCAGCAGGGCCUGGCAAAGUGUUACUCUGUCGCCUUUGAAAAGAGUGGGGCUGUAUCGGAUGCCAAGAUUACCCCUCACACUCUUAACUUUGUCAAGAAGCUGGUGAGCACUUUUGGAGUGGGCCUGGAGAACGUGUCCAACGUCUCAACCAUGUUCUCCAGUGCGGCCUCCGAGUCACUGGCCCGCCGAGCACAAGCCACAGCCCAGGACCCCGUUUUCCAGAAGCUGAAGGGCCAGUUCACCACAGAUUUUGACUUCAGUGUCCCAGGAUCCAUGAAGCUUCAUAAUCUAAUUUCUAAACUGAAAAAGUGGAUCAAAAUCCUUGAGGCUAAAACCAAGCAGCUUCCCAAAUUCUUCCUCAUAGAGGAAAAGUGCCGGUUCUUGAGCAAUUUCUCAGCUCAGACAGCUGAAGUGGAGAUCCCUGGGGAGUUUUUGAUGCCUAAGCCGACACACUACUACAUCAAGAUUGCUCGCUUUAUGCCCCGAGUGGAAAUUGUCCAGAAGCAUAACACGGCGGCCCGCAGGCUCUACAUCCGAGGACACAAUGGCAAGAUCUACCCGUACCUGGUCAUGAAUGAUGCCUGCCUUACCGAAUCACGGCGGGAGGAGCGUGUGUUGCAGCUGCUCCGCCUGCUAAACCCUUGCCUGGAGAAGAGAAAGGAGACCACCAAGAGACACUUGUUCUUCACAGUUCCUCGGGUUGUGGCUGUCUCCCCACAGAUGCGCCUUGUGGAAGACAACCCCUCUUCACUUUCCCUCGUGGAGAUCUACAAGCAGCGCUGUGCCAAGAAAGGCAUUGAACACGACAACCCCAUCUCCCGUUACUAUGACAGGCUGGCCACAGUGCAGGCACGGGGAACACAGGCCAGCCAUCAGGUCCUCCGAGACAUUCUCAAAGAGGUCCAGAGCAACAUGGUCCCCCGCAGCAUGUUGAAAGAGUGGGCCCUGCACACCUUCCCCAAUGCUACAGACUACUGGACCUUCCGGAAGAUGUUCACCAUCCAGCUGGCACUCAUUGGCUUUGCAGAAUUCGUCCUGCAUCUCAAUAGACUCAACCCUGAGAUGUUACAGAUUGCUCAGGACACAGGCAAGCUGAAUGUCGCUUACUUUCGAUUUGACAUAAACGAUGCAACUGGGGACUUAGAUGCCAACCGUCCAGUCCCUUUCCGUCUCACACCCAACAUUUCUGAGUUCCUGACCACCAUUGGUGUUUCCGGCCCGCUGACUGCCUCCAUGAUUGCUGUCGCCCGGUGCUUUGCCCAGCCCAACUUCAAGGUGGAUGGCAUUCUGAAAACUGUGCUCCGGGACGAGAUCAUUGCUUGGCACAAAAAGACCCAGGAGGACACUUCCUCUCCAUUGUCGGCCGCCGGGCAGCCUGAGAACAUGGACAGCCAGCAACUGGUCUCCUUGGUUCAGAAAGCUGUCACUGCCAUCAUGACCCGCCUGCACAACUUGGCCCAGUUCGAUGGUGGAGAGAGCAAGGUGAACACCCUGGUGGCUGCCGCCAAUAGCUUGGACAACCUAUGUCGCAUGGACCCUGCCUGGCACCCAUGGCUGUGACCUCAGCUGUCACCCCACCCGGAAUGUGAAAUGUGCCUCUCAGCCUCUGAGCCCAUGGCUGUGGAGACCUCGCUCUGCCUUGUUACCCACUUUAUUUAGUUACUUUCCCAGUAGUUUGUGUGUGAAAGAGCGUGAGAUUUGUCCCGGAGGGAGCCCCCCUACACACAAGGCUGCUGCCAUUAGAGAUGGCAGAGCCAAACUGAGCAGCUUCCGAGAUGCUUUUUAAUUUAAGGGUUUCCUCUCCGUGGUACUCCUGCCUCAGUGUGACGUGCAGAUUGAGAAAGUCCCUGCCUCCCUUAACUUCCAGAAACUACACCUCACUCGGCAGCUGCGUGCUGUGCACAGGCCUUCAAACAGGGUCCAGGAAAUCCAGUGUUAGAGAAACAAGAAUCAGGAGCAGACAGACAGGCUUUCUCCUCUCUGUCCUUAACUGGCUUUGGGGAUCUUGCUAAGUCUCUGACAUGGCUCAGUGAGCCCGCAUUGCCCACUGGGAAAGCUGUGCUUAGUCUCAUGGAUUCCGGAUUCAGCUGUGCAGAAACGGAACUGUGGAGCCGGCAGACCAACCUUGCACUUUUUACUGCUGGCUUGUUGGAUGUCUUUUAGAAAUUUACUAUCAUUGUACCAGGAAAAAAAAAAAAAAAAAAAAAAAAAAAAAAAAAAAAAAUAUUGUUUUUCCU